CAUUCGUUUGAAAAAGUAGCUUAAACCGUACGAAAUGAUUCAUUUAGUGUUUAUAAGUGCCUUAUUAGUAGAAGUUUUGAGUUUCUCGACUUUCUCCGAGUUGCAUCCGAAUUUGAGAAUUGUUGGAGGCUCAGAAGUAUCUAUUGAAGACGUUCCUUAUCAAGUGUCCGUAACAGAUUCAGGAGAACAUUUUUGUGGUGGUUCGGUUAUCGGUAGGAAACAUAUCGUAACAGCUGGUCAUUGUGUUAAUAACACUGUAAACCUCAAUCCAGUAAGGGUUGUCACGGAAACCGAUGGCACUAGUAAAGGAGUUGAGAAUAGAGUCAGAAAAAUUUUUGUUCAUCCGAAUAUUACAUAUUUGGAUAAACAAUUGGACUAUGAUAUUGCGGUACUCGAAUUGGAAGAACGAUUGGAUUUCAACGAAAAAUGUCAACCAAUUGCAUUGCCAAGAGCGAGUGAAGAAGUUUGUGACAAUGCUUUUAUGUUAGCUUCCGGUUUUGGUAUGAUUACUGGUGAUUUAGAAAAUGAAAAUGGAACGCUAAGAGCCGUUGUAGUGCCUAAAUAUAGAGAUGGUAAAUGCUUUGAAGAUUACUACCAUAUAAGAGGCAUCUCGGCAAGGAUGAUUUGCGCAGGUUCCGCAGGAAAAGGUGUUUGCAGCGCGGAUUCUGGAGGACCUCUGGUUAGGAAUGGAAUACUAUAUGGUAUUGUAUCUUGGGGAAGGGGCUGCGGUAGUCGUUUUCCGGCAGUCUAUACUCGUAUUGCAUCACCCCCAAUACGUGAUUGGAUAAAACAAACUUUUAAUAUUUAAAUUAAAUAUUCAAAA